UCUUAUCGUCCUAAUUUCCUCCUGCUUAUCAAUAUCCGUAAACUGCCCUUGUCCGUGAGACCGGAAGAAAUAAAGUCGUCCGAUUAUACAGUGUUUCUCAUGACUAUAAAUAUCCCAGGUUGUAACGCGAAUGGUAUUUCAUUCUCGUCUCGAAUGAGUAAUGUCCUUACUAUUCCUGCAAUUCAUUCUUUGAUAAAGAAUUAUCUCGGUUUGGCAUUUUUCUCAGACUGUGAAACUCCUCUCCUCCUCGUGUUACUUGACCACGGCUCAAGUAAAAUACAGUGCGAACCAAGUUCACUCUUAAUAAACUGGGAAUCAUGUAAAUUAUUUCGUCACUAAAAUGGUGCACAUCCCGACUUUCGACUAUGUUUUGGUCUACUUCCGCUUCAUGUCGGCAUUCUUUCCUAAUAUUUCGCAAGAAAAUAGUCUCGAGUCGAAAAACGUGUCGUAUUAUAUCAACGUGACCUCAACUUACGUUGGUUCUGGUGAGACGAUGGAAAGCUGCAAUUCAACCAUUAGACGGUUAAGGUGUGAAAUAGUUUCAGACUGUAACGAGAACAAUAUUUUUACUGGAUUCGAGUUUACGUGGUAUUUUGAUAACUCAUCAAUUUCAGCGAAAAAUAACGGCCACGUAAUAAAACAAGGUGUCGGAUCAGAUUUCCAAAGUGUUGACGUCAACGUUAAAGAUUUCAACGGAUCGUCAGUCUGCUGCCACGUUAAUUCGACCACGCCAACUAUUUAUCAUUUCAGUGAUGAACAUUGUGUCACAAUUUUAUACGAAUUCGAUUUACCCAAAAACAAUGCGGCUCUUGAAAGAAAGAUUCCCCAACCACCCAAAAUUUCGCCAAUUAAGUUGCACGCUGGCAUGAUACAGUGUCGUAGUGCGAUCAUAAUUUGGAAAUACAGUGAUCAAAAUGAGACCAUUUUACGACCAGGAGUGGAACACGUGUUGGAAUACAAGGUCUCCAGGUUGGAUUGGAAAUCUGCGACGAAAAUUAGUAUUGGAAAGCAAGAUGCCGUCUUGGUGCAAGGGUUGACGCCUUGGUCCAUGUACCACUUCCGGAUCUUGUCCAUUUAUGAAUCUGGCACGACCUUGCCAUCCUUAUCAAUUGUGGUCCAGACGCCAGAAGAUAUCCCCGACGGUCCUGUCCAAAACGUAACGGUUUCCAUUGUAGACGACUACACCCUCUCCAUCAAAUGGAAACCACCCCCUCGCUCCACCUGGAAUGGUGCCCUCCUCGGUUACAAUAUUGGGUACAAACGGAUCACACAAAGUGAAGAUCAUGACGACGAUGGGAUGACGAGCUCUAAAGAUUCCUUCAGUUUCAUCGUCCUCACGAGUAUGGAACUGCUCGGGAAAAUGUGCGAGUAUCACAUUUCCGUUCCAGAUUCAACAAUCCCGUACACAAUUGUCGUCCAACCCUUCAACAAUGUUGGCCCUGGUCCAUUGUCAUCCCAGGUCAAGUCAAAAUUGAAUUAGUAAAGAAUUCACAAAAAAAUCAAUUUGCAAAAUAUAUGGCAAAUAAAAAAAAUACUUCUUAUACUUCUUGCUUUA